GUUGAUAAGAACGUCGAGGAAAGCGAAAGUGACUGUGUUAAUAAGAUGUGAGCCACAAUUAGCCACCAGCUGCAGCACUCUUACCACCAGCAACACCUCAGCUGUUCAAAAUAAAUCACAAAACGUAGCAACACUCUUUUUUCUUGUCUUUGAAAAUUAUAAAAAAUUACUAAAAAAAAAUUCCGCAUUUAAAGAAAUUUCAAGUGUGGUGUUAAGUUUUAAAAUUUAUAAACUAAGAAGGAAAAAUUGUAAAUAACAAUAGUGCCAUUUGAUGAGCCAAAAAGCUGUGUUAUCAAAAUGCAACGACCCACGCCGAAUAUCUCAAGUAACAUCAUGAACCGCAUGUCCAUCUUUGAAAAUACAGAAUUCAGGCACAGUCUGUCGGAGGCUGAGAACGCGGCCGGAACGAUGAUGUCCAUGACCAGCUCCCCGCCGGCCACGCCCACUGGCGUCCAAACGGACUCCGAUGGUCUGAUCCUGCCCAAGAAACUCAUCAAUCCCUGCAUGGAGAACAUGGAUCGCAAGGAACUGCAUCGGGAACUCAAGUUCAAUGCCAGAGUUGGCAAGAGCGUGCUAAAUCAAAAAUCGGAACUGCAACGUGCCUACGACAAGCAAAAGGAGCGACAUGCUGCCGCCGAGCAACAUUCGCCGGAUGCGGAAAUAGUCGGCGGGAUUCCUGGACUGAAAGGUGAACUCGGCCGUGUGAUCAUGGAGCGGGCGCAGAAGCAUGAGGCGGCGGCCCAGAAACAGGAUCAGGAGGAGGCCGAGGAGCGGCAGUACGUGAAUCCCGAGUAUCUGAAUGUGAGGGCCAAACUGCGUACGGCGCACGCCAACAAUUAAGGAGCGCAGCCCACACGGAUUACCACUCCCCCCAAGAUCCUAUAAUCCUCAGCAUGAUUAAUGUUUUAGUUUUUUAGUAACAGACCUAACCAAAUUGUAUGUAAGGAGAUACCAUGUGUUUUUUAUGUGUUAACUUUGUGAGCGGUUUUCAUUUUGAUAUUAUGCAAAACUAGUUGGUUAUGAUAAUUAAAGUUUACUCCUAGACUGUAA